AUGGAGCCAAUACACGAAGUCCGGCAACACACUACUCCGCAAAGCUCACGAGGAGGCACAGAGCGAGACAGAGUUUCUAUUCCACAAGUUUCAAAAGUUACGAAGGAUGAUAUGCUCUACGUCGGUGUGCUCGAGGAAGUGCGCCGCGCGCGGGCAAGCUGGGAAGCUGGACGCAACAACCUGGCGCUCAAACAUUUGAGAGAGGCAGUGAGCUUGUGCAAUGACUAUGAUGGCUCAAGCCAGCUGUGGCAAGCGUGCCGGAAUCUCGAGAAUGAGUUGAAUCGUUUGCAUGUCGUCCCAGCCCCCACGUCGCCUCACAAGAGACGUCGCGCGUCAUCUGCGCAACAUGAGCCACCGCCCAACAGCCACAAGACAUCGGAUGCCGGUACGAUUGAUACUUUGUGGCAAAGACUGGACGCUGCAACAAAACAACCCAUGCUAUCGGACUACAGGGUAUCGAUUGCCAAUACUGCCGACACUUUGUAUGAGAAACUGAUCGCCGACACAAAGGUGCCUAUGCCAUCAGAUCAAACCUCGAUCAGGCGCAACAGUCUGCGACGCACAAGGUCGCUUUCUCAUGCCGGGGACAGUAUCCCGAACAGCUUCUCUGCCAGUUGGAACCCUUAUCGCAUGUCUACAUCCACCUCUGCCUUUACUGGUAUUUCUGAAUUCGAAGCUCGGCAGAGGGCAGGACUGCAUGCGCAGACAGAGCGAAGACAGACUGCCAGGUCAGAAACUGGUCGCUCGAUCUCAAGAGAUAACGAGUUCGAGGCUCUCAAGAGAUGGCAGGGACAGUUGCCACAGAGUCCAUCGCACUUCAAAAACUGCGAAGACCCGUCCCCGAGGCGACAUUCGUUUCCUGUUGCAAGCCCUCCAAGCUCUCCGUCUUCAGUGUGGUCUUCAGUGUCUACUCACACGAGAAAGAGGUCGAUCCACAGCACUCCCAAGCAUCUCAAAUCCUCGUCACUACAGAUUGAGAGCUCUGACAAGCCCGACUCGAGUGACUCGGCGUCGGACUAUUCUACACGCCGAUCAUCCCUGGACGAGACCAGCACUGUGCUUUCGGACACUCCCUCCCUGUCGAAGCUCAGCGAACAUAUACACUCUAACCCUUUCGCAGAAUCGAAUAGCACCAUUACCAGCAGAAUUCGUCGUCUCUCCACAGAAAUAUCGCCACUGGCGCCAUUGACGAUACCAGGAUCUCUAUCGCAUGAGAGCAGUGAGCCUAUCGUUCGUAGUCCGUUGCGAGAGGCCAUUACGGCCGACGAUGACUUUCCUGUCACGUUUACGGCGUCGCCGAUAUCUUUGGAUGAAGGGGACCAUCGAAAUAACCGCACACCUGUGCCUGCCUCGAGUCAAACAAGCCUGCCGCCUGUGACGACUACAACUUCGCCAACUAAGUCUAGUCCGCUGCGCAGAACGUUCUCAGUGGCAGCGUCGGAGCCAGCAGAAGUGUCAGAUGCCGACCAGUCAUCGGCAUCUGGGCUAUCAAGGGAUAGCAACAAGUCGGUCGAGGCAAUCGAGUCCGGUGAAAACGACGCAUACGGGGACGCUGAUACCACCAGUAAUCCGUCAGCGAAAAUGACCGAUUCCAUGAGCCCUCAUGAGUCCGCACCACUUGUUGGUAUGGUGUGGAAAGCCACGGUUCCCCCAGCUCCAGGGCUUGAUGCACCCGACGCUUUGAGUUUGACACAACCAGGGCCAGCCCUUGACACUUCGCUCCCAGCAUCUUCUGCAGUGCUACCAACAGCAGAAGUUCCAGAUAAGGAACCCACAGCGGAGGCCAAAAGGACGAGGACAACAGCGGACUCACAGGUAACAACGUCCGUCAGUUCAUAUAGGCUCAGUCCGGCGCCUCUCCGACCGCCACACUCGAAGCCGCAACCAAGCAACAGUUCCAUGCUCAAGGAGUCACUCGGGUCUCUCGACACAAGAUCCACACAGCCAAGACAUAGUGGUAUGUCCGCGGCUGCACGAGGAAGCGGUGGAUCUGUGUCGUCCCUGGCCUCUCGAUUUGAGAACACAACACCAACCCACAAGCAGCCGGCAAGCAGCUCGCCCAGCACACAGAUCGCUUUUGCACGUGCGAAAGCUGCAUUCGGAGGCGCUUCUAGUAAUCAGUCUCCCAAGUCACGGGUCUCAGCUAGCACCGUAGGCAGCGGUGGAAGUUCUCCAUCUAGCCCACAAAGCUCAUCUAGUGCUGGAAGUCGUGCCAGUGACGGUCUCAAUCAGGGCGACAGCACCGCCCUGGCAGAGGCCUGGGAAGAUUCGUGCAAGCCCGGCCCCUGCCAGCCUAGCAACGAGCAGAAGGCGCACACCACCAUUGGCGAAGUCAACACAGUCGAAUGA